GAUAAAGGGAGGGAGGGAAUAUAGUUGGAUUGAGGGAGGGUUUAGGGACUCUCGGGGGGAUAUUCUGAGGGGAUUGAGGAGGGUAUGAUAUGAUGGGGGUGAUAGAUAUUAUGAGGGCAAAAGGUUGACGUGACAGUCACCUGUGGGGCGGGGCCUGUAGCAGUGAGCCCCGCCCCAUAGUUUGUGAUUGGUGCUCACCGCUGUCAGUCACAGUGAUGAGCAGCCCCUCAUUGUCAGGGGGAGGGGGGGUCUCCGGGCCAAAGCACCCCCUGAGCCCGACCCCAUCCCCAUUCCCCCCACCCCCACCAGCCAGGGCUCCAGUAUAACAUUUGCCCGCGACUUAGUAUCGCCCUGUGAAGGGGGCAACCCUUGGUGCUGCCAUUGCUUAGCGCCGUCCGCGUCCACUCCCAUCCCUUUGCUGUUCUGAUGCAUUUUGAUUACUGCUCUCAGCGGGUCGAGCAUGUCCGUGUUUGGCAACGUCUCCGACUCUCUCCGGCGGCCGGAGAGCUCCGGGCCCCCGCUCCGGGACGAUGUGAUUCUGGUCGAGGUGGCCUGGGAAGUAACCAACAAAGUUGGAGGCAUCUACACGGUGAUUCAAACCAAGGCAAAGGUCACCAUUGACGAGUGGGGCGAGAAUUACGUGAUGAUGGGACCAUAUUUUGAGCAUAACGUGAGGACCCAGGUGGAGCUGGUUGAACCGCAGAAUCCUGCCAUCAAACGGACCAUUGACUCCAUGAACUCCAAAGGCUGUAAGGUGUACUUUGGGCGAUGGUUGAUUGAAGGGAAUCCUUGUGUUAUUCUGUUUGAUGUUGGAGCUACAGCUUGGAGCUUGGACCGUUGGAAAGCUGAAUUGUGGGAUUGUUGCUCUAUUGGGAUUCCCUGGUAUGAUCGAGAAGCAAAUGAUGCUGUUCUCUUUGGUUUUCUGAUCACUUGGUUCCUGGGAGAGUUUGUCUCUCAGUGUGAGGGGAACUGUCCAUUUAUCAUCACUCACUUCCAUGAAUGGCUGUCUGGCGUUGGUUUGAUUAUGUGCAGAUUCCGUAAGAUCCCUGUAGCCACAAUCUUUACGACACAUGCCACAUUACUGGGACGUUAUCUCUGUGCUGGAAAUGUCGACUUCUACAACAACCUUGCCUAUUUUGAUGUGGAUCGUGAAGCAGGAGAGAGGCAGAUUUACCACCGAUACUGUAUGGAACGUGCUGCUGUUCAUUGUACUCAUGUCUUCACAACUGUGUCAGAGAUCACAGCAGUGGAAGCAGGAUACCUACUCAAAUGCAAACCUCAUGUGGUGACUCCAAAUGGACUGAAUUUGAGGAAGUUCUCUGCAGUGCAUGAGUUUCAGAAUUUGCACACCAAGAGCAAGAUGCGGAUUCAGGAGUUUGUGAGAGGCCAUUUCUAUGGUCAUUUGGAUUUUGACCUGGAUAAGACUGUCUAUUUCUUCAUUGCUGGGCGAUACGAAUUUACCAACAAAGGUGCAGAUUUAUUCCUGGAAGCAUUAGCGCGUCUCAAUUAUCUCCUCCGGACUCAUCAAAGUCGUGUGACGGUGAUUGCAUUCUUCAUUAUGCCUGCACGAACCAACAACUUCAAUGUAGAGACGUUGAAAGGGCAGGCAGUUCGUAAACAGCUGUGGGAUACAGCAAAUGCAGUGAAGGAGAAGUUUGGGAAGAAGUUAUAUGAAUCAUUGUCGAGUGGAGAGCUACCCGAAGCAAAACAAAUGAUUGACCAGGAGGAUUUUGUCAUGAUGAAGCGAGCCCUGCUGUCUACCCAGCGCCAGUCAUUGCCUCCGGUGUGCACACACAACAUGCUGGAUGACUCUACAGAUCCAAUUUUGAGCACAAUUCGACGUAUUGGCUUGUUCAACCAUCCCAAUGACCGAGUAAAGGUGAUCUUCCAUCCUGAAUUUCUGUCUUCCACCAGCCCACUGCUGCCACUUGACUAUGAAGAGUUUGUACGUGGUUGUCACUUGGGGGUAUUUCCUUCAUACUAUGAGCCAUGGGGUUAUACACCAGCGGAAUGCACAGUUAUGGGAAUUCCUAGCAUUUCUACCAAUUUGUCCGGCUUUGGUUGCUUCAUGGAGCAUCACAUCACUGAUCCUUCUGCAUAUGGAGUCUAUAUUCUGGAUCGUCGGUUUAAGAGCCUGGAUGAGUGCUGCAAUCAGUUAACCUCAUUCCUCUACAGCUUCUCUCAACAGUCACGACGGCAAAGGAUAAUCCAGAGAAAUCGCACAGAGCGGCUCUCUGAUUUGCUGGACUGGCGCUACCUUGGCCGGUAUUACACCCAUGCCAGACUCUUAGCCCUUUCUAAGGCCUUUCCCAGUGACUUUUCUGAUGACCUAGCGGAGAUUUCUGCCAGUUUGCACUAUCCACAGCCGACAUCAUCCACACCUUCUCCAUCCUUCUCCUCUGCGUCCACUCCUCGUUACAGUGACAGUGAAAUUGAACCAUACGAUGAGGAAAAGGAGGUUGAGAUAGAUCGUAAAAAUAUCAAGCUGGACUCAAUGUUGAACUUAAUUCACGAGCAUAACAAAAAUCAGGAAGAAUCUUUUACAUUUAGAAAAUCCAGUAUCGGUAAUACUAGUUCAUCUUCUAGGCCAAGUGAAUUCUCUAGUUCUGUAGCAACUACAAGUCCCAGCAAGCCAACUGAUCCCAGUGAUGCCAACUGGAUGACCAAUUCUAGUGAUUCCAAAAUUCUCACCAAUCCCAGUGUCUCACAUGAUCCCAGAAAGCCAACAGAUCCCAGUGAUGCCAACUGGAUGACCAAUUCUAGUGAUUCCAAAAUGCCCACCAAUCCCAGUGUCUCACAUGAUCCCAGAAAGCCAACUGAUCCCAGCAAGUUAACCAAUCCCAGUACCUCUCAUGAUCCCAGCAAGCCAACAGAUCCCAACAGGCCAACCAAUCCCAAUAGUUCAAACUGGCCACAUAAACUGAGUAAUCCCAGCAGGGAUACGAAUCCUAGUAAUACCUAGUAAUCCCAGAGAUAGGAGUACACAGCCAGUAAUUCCUCUAGAGCCAGAAAACUGACUCAUUAAAAUGGUACCGUGGACACAAUUUGUUCAAUCCUUCAACUCUCAUCUAUGUGAGUGUAACUCAAGUCCAACCCAAACGGGGGCAAAAGGAUAGAAAUUUUCAAUAAAACAACUGCAUUUGCUGGUGCAGCAAUGUUUCAUUUGAUACAAAUUAACUGAACUGAUGGAGAGGAACUGUAUUUUUGCCCAUAACAUUUCAGCUAAGUUUUAUAUGAAUACUUCAUGGAGCAAGGUCUUGUGGCUCAGUAGGUAGUAUCCCUACGUCUGGGCCAGAGGUUUUGGGUUUGAGUCCCAAGCUGUGGAAGGUGCUUUUGUGACAUGGCCAAACAGGUCGAUUGUCAGCGUCAAAAUCCUUCCAAUACACCCAAUGGCAACAGUAAGAGCAGGCCAGUCUCCUGGUCAGUCGUCUCUCUGAAAGCAAAUGCAAAAUACGUCAGUCCUCAAAUCCUAAAAGCAUGGACCAAUCCAAUGGAAGACAGUGCUUCUUGAACUU